UUAACCUCAGAUAAGUUGCCAAAUACUUGCCCCAUUCCUGUCACUAUUGAAGAAGAGGAAAAACAAUCAGCAACUAGCUCAAUGUCAAACAAUGAUCUAAUAUGUGUAAUUCAGGCAUUAAUUGAAUCUUUAAAUGAGGUUAAUUUACCACAAUUCAAAGGACUUAAAUCAAAAAGAAAAGAUGAAUUAUUACAAAUUUUUCAACAAGUUCAAGAUCUUCAUAAUGGGAUUGAUGAAACUGAUGCAGAAUAA